AACUCUGGAGUUGCCUAAAGUAGUUCCGGGUUAGGAUUCCUGUCCUAGUGUUGAGAGAGCUUCCUUUCACUGUCAAAAGUGUUCCCGGUGGAGAUAAAUUACAUUGUAUCCCUAGUUCUACUUGUCUUGGUUUGAGCUAGAGGCGGGGCGGCGGCGAAGGCGAGCCCACGAGAGGCGUUCUCUCUAAUGCGUCCCUUGCUCAGCUUCCGGUGGCCUGAAGAAACUAAUUUCGAAUCUGCACACCUGUGGGGGCAUCUGCAAUUCACCUUUUCUGAAAGUUUUAGCAACAGCUCUGCUUACCGAAGUGGGCAAAUUCGUUGUUGAGCUUCUCUAGAUGAGACUGGGAGAAAUUAAGUAAAAGUAACCAUCAAGAAGAAAAAUGUCGGUAACACUGCAUACAGAUGUAGGUGAUAUUAAAAUAGAAAUCUUCUGUGAGAGGACACCCAAAGCCUGUGAAAAUUUCCUGGCUCUUUGUGCCAGUAAUUACUACAAUGGCUGUAUAUUUCAUAGAAAUAUAAAGGGCUUCAUGGUUCAAACAGGAGAUCCCACAGGUACUGGAAGAGGAGGUAACAGUAUCUGGGGCAAGAAAUUUGAGGAUGAAUACAGUGAAUAUCUUAAGCACAAUGUUAGAGGUGUUGUAUCUAUGGCUAAUAAUGGCCCAAAUACCAAUGGAUCUCAGUUUUUUAUUACCUAUGGCAAGCAGCCACAUUUGGACAUGAAAUACACAGUAUUUGGAAAGGUAAUAGAUGGUCUGGAGACUCUAGAUGAAUUGGAGAAGUUACCAGUAAAUGAGAAGACAUACCGACCUCUUAAUGAUGUGCACAUUAAGGAUAUAACUAUUCAUGCCAACCCAUUUGCUCAGUAGCUUUAAUAGACAUGGACAAAUGCUUGCCAAACUCUUUGAGGAACACACCUACAACAGGUUUACCCAGUUUUAAUUAUGUCAUACAUUGCAUCAUCCUACUUGUUUACAACUAAGGUCUUCUGAGUUAGUGGUACCAAAAGGAACCAAUUAGCUUUUAUUCCCAUUCUUAGAGCAUAUUCUUUACUAUAACUAUUAUCCAAUGUAUUUAAGUUUAGUUUUUUUUAAAUUCUGUUUAAUUUUUGUUACAUAAAAACAUUCAUUUUUAAAUGCUGAGUCUCAAAUCAGUCAUUUUGAGCGCCAUAAUUAUAAACCCCUACUAUAUCUAGUCCACAUCGUGAAGUAUUAUUUUCCAUUAGUUGUUCACUUUGUGCAGUUAGAAAGAGGAAGGACAAGAUAAAGAGAGGGUCUAGAAAGGCCAACCAAUACAUUUGCUAUUUUAUUUGGUGUUCGGAUUUAUAAUAAAGGCUGAGAUAUCCUAGACUCCAGUAAACACACAGAAUUUCCCAACUGAUUUGCCCAUGGAACAUUUUUUUAAAGCAUAUCUUUUAAAAUAUUGCACAAUAAA